CCAGCAAACCCGGAAGUUUAGAUGGUGUUAGUUUUGGAGCAGUUGCAGUGUAAUGGCUGAAGGAUGGAAAUAGUUUCUGGGCUUGUGUCUUACGCCCUUGCAAAGUUUCUUUUUCUCUCGCGGCUAUCGAAUAAAGAAGAUGCAGGGAAAAUCAAAAAAAUGGAAGAAAAAGUGUUAGAAGUUUAUGAUAUCAUUCGUACAAUUCGUGACCCAGAGAAGCCCAACUCUCUGGAAGAAUUGGAGGUCGUAGCUGAAGAAUGCAUCGAGGUGAAAUCAUUGGAUGAUGAUGAGUACCUCAUCAUUAUUCACUUCAAACCAACAGUACCUCACUGCUCUCUAGCCACACUGAUUGGUCUCUGUCUACGAGUCAAGUUGCAAAGGUGUCUACCAUUCAAACACAAGUUGGAAAUUUACAUCUCUCAAGGGUCGCAUUCUACUGAGGAAGAUAUUAAUAAGCAGAUCAAUGAUAAGGAGCGAGUGGCAGCAGCGAUGGAGAAUCCAAAUUUACGAGAGAUUGUGGAACAAUGUGUUAUAGAGCCAGAUGACUGAACGAUUACCAGCCACAUGGAUAAACAACUCCUACUCACAUCCUGUUGUUUGCAAAGUCUGGCAAAUAAGGAUUGUCUCUUUACACAUCUUACAAACUUUUCCAAAAAGCUUCUUUAUACCUUAUACUAAUUAAGAAAUUUCUAAUAUAAUUGUUCAGUUUCAGGUUGAGAAUAUCAUCCUAAAUAUGAGGAUUCUCUGAAAUACUUGAGGCUCGAAGUUAAUCUAGUAAUUGAAAGUGCACUCUUCAAAAUAUUGCCCUGAUGCAAAUUGAUAUGCAGCAUUUAAUGUUUCACUACUAUUCAGCUAUUAAAAUAAGAAUUUUCAAGAACAAAACUGAGGAGUUUCAGCUACUACUUCAGAUUGUAGUGGUCUCAGCAUGCUGGAAGAGGAUUAUAUUGUCCCGACACAUCCCAUCUCAAAGGGAAAUCAUUUACCCUGGUCCUGUACAUUUAAUACUGAAAAUGUGUUGCUGGAAAAGCGCAGCAGGUCAGGCA